UAUGACUUUUUUUGCUCCUUCCUCCCAUCAGCGGUUUUUCCCUCCACCCAACCCUUUACAACAACACACCCCUUGCGCCUCUUUCCAUCGCGAAGAGGUUCAUCUGGCACCGUCGACAUCUUUGUUGUCGUGCCCCCAUCUCCCUUCAUAGCGGAGUUUAUCUCGUCGAUAUUCGCCACAGUCAGAGCUCCGAUCUCAUUCAUCGGAAUCUGCCUGCGCUGAAUCUCCUCUCACGGGUUUUUUUUGUCCCAAACCAAAAAAAAACAACUGAUCUCAGGAUCAAAUCUCCUCUCCCUCCAACCACCAGCACACAGAGCGGCUUCCGUUCACUCGAGACAGUCGCCGCGUCGUGGUCGCAAGCCGAGAUCCAGAGAAUAAUCCUGUUCCUUUGAUCAAACCGCAGGCUCGGACGACAUUUCCAGCGAAAAAGGCUGCGUUUGUCAUCCACUUCGUUUCAGCCUCUCAAGUCAACCUCGCCGCAUUCACUGCGUUUCCUCCGACGGCAUCAUCAUCGAAUCUGAUGACUAGCACGCCUAGGCAGUCCUCCACCAGUCGAUCGAGACCUGUUUCGUCUGCUCAAACCCCAAACCUUGCGAACGGAUCGAAUUUGGCUUCACAAGGCCGAACCUCGCUUCCAUCCGCCACCAACCCUUCUUCCGCAAAACCAAAUGCAUCGGAGCCCAACAAGAUGUCUGCAGCAGUUGGAGGUGCUCCGCCAGCACACGGUCAUAGCGAAUCUGUAAACGGAAGAAAUCCCACCAUACCCGCGAUUCCCUCGGUCAACGGCAACGUAUCACUGCCUGACCACACACGCAAAACUUCAACGACUGUCACCCCCGCCGGUGCCAGCGCUUUUCCACCCAACGGUACUGUACCGACCGGCCCUCAAACCAAACCCGGUGUCACCUUUGGCUCGUUCGGCAAUCCCUCCAGUUCUCCCGCAAUGGGAACGCCGUCUCUUGCUCAUCAGAACACAUCAAACUUGGGUGUGAGCCAACUGAAUCCAAGAGACAGUGCUGCUUCGAACUCGCCAUCUCCAAUUCCUCAGCCCUCCCACCUCGUUGGAGGUCGUCCCCCCACAUCCAUCACCGGCUCUAGUAACGGUUAUACUUUUGGGGAUAUGCCAGUUGUGCCGCGAGACUCAGGGGAUCAGAUGAUGCCUCGAGCUCACCCACAGUUUGGUCUUCAGCAGGAACACAUGCGACGAGGCUCCUCGCAGUCGGUUCAUAGUGAUGCUGGUAUGCCAUCCGCUCCUAACCGGGGUGGCAACUUCCAAGGAGGCAGAGGAAACAAGAAUUUCAACCCUCCAUACCAGCAGCCGAUGCAAUACUCGCCUCAUCAGUCGUUCCGCCAGCCACCAAAUGGUCGCGCCAUGCAAGGCCAGUACGCUGGUCGAGGCCAACAGAUGCCCUUCCAAGGCUCUCCCGCCAUGGGCACCCGAAGCCCUGCCCUCGUCAAUGCCACCCCUGGGACGCCGAAUAUGAAUCAGAUGCACAUGGUCGGCGGUAUGCAGGGAAUGCCCGGACAACCCAAUGGAUAUUACAUGGGACCCCAAUAUGGCUUUGGGCUUCCAACCCGAGCUGAUCCAAGCAUCGAGAUGCAUUAUCAGCAACAGUUUCAUGGACAAGCAGGUAUGCAGGGACAAUACCCUCCCCAAUACAUGCCACCGCAGUCUCCCCGACCCCCGUUUCAACAAAAUGCAUAUCCGCCAAACAUGCAAGCUGCCUACAGCAAUCAAGGCGGGCCACCUUCGAUGUCCAGGCAGUCAUCACAGAUGUCUGCUCCUGAUCGACCUGGUUCAAGUGUAGGCCAAGCUCCUCACACUCCUGGUCCUUCUGGACCUGCGCAAACCGCACGUACCCCCAGUGUAUCUGGCCAGAAACCCGCCUAUACUAUUCCCCCCAAGAAAAGUGCCGCCAUCCAGAUCAAGAAUACUGCUGGUGAGGUUGUUUCUUUCAAUAAGCCACCUGCGUCUCCUGCGAGCGCCACAGCAAUGUCCGCUGCUGCUUCACAGACAGCGCCCACGCCUCCUCCUCGGACGGCGAGUGCUGCCGACAACACCCAUAAUCGCACCGAUAGUGCGAGUGUGAAGACGGCUGAGGAAGCCAGGAAGUCAAUGCAGGAGGCCAUCGCGAAGAAAAUUGCAGAGGAUGAGGCAAAGAACAAGCUUGAGGCUAAGGAGUCUGCGCCGUCUGCGCAGACGGGCAAAGACACCUCCGAUGUUCCUGAGCAGGAAGCGUCCCCAGCCGAGACCAAGGCAAAAGAUUCCGAUAAGGGCGCUACGAACGAUACAGUUGAAAAGCCGACAGAGACGGCCGAAGCUGAGAAGGCAGACGAGAAGCAUAAAGAUGAACCUGCAGUGCCUGCCAAACCAGACGAGGACGAGAUCGACUUUGAUGCAAUUGAAGCCGAGAUGGCAGCAUUAGAAGCGGAAGAAGCUCGCCGUGAAGAGGAGUACAAAAAGAAGAAGGCAGCCGAAGUAGAAGCAAAGCGAAAGAAGGAAGAAGAAGAUGCUGCGGCUUAUGAGGCCAACAUGAAAGAAAUGGAGCGCAAGGCCGAAGAGGAAGAGCUCGCCCGAGAGAAAGAGAAGUCGUCCGGAACAGCCACCGACGAUGCGAGCAAGAAGAUGUUUGCAGAACUCAAGGCCAACCCCUUCGGCACUCCAGCUUCUACUGAAAGCCCUGCUGCGCAUACUCCUGCUGAAAGCGGCACAGCUACCCCGGUUUCGGAUGUUUCCAUGCCUCCUCCUACUGCAAAGGCUCCAGCGAAGCGUGGCAAGGCCGCAGAGCUCACUCUCGACACGAAGAAGCCUGUCGAGCCACCUGAGCCAAGUGCGACAUUGAAAGCUCUUCAAUCAGCCCAGAAGCUUGCGGAUCUGUCAAAAGUCCAAUAUCCCUCUGAGAUUGCGUCGCCAAACCCCGCCCUCAACGCAAGUGCUCCUGCUGACCGAAAGUUCAAAUACGACAAGGAAUUCCUAUUGCAAUUCCAGUCUAUCUUCAAAGAGAAGCCAACUUUGGACUGGGACACUCGUAUCAGGGAUGCACUGGGUGACGGCGACACUUCCUCCCGACCAGGUGCGUCUGCAAGAACUCCUUCGGGCAUGGGUGGUCGCAACCCCUCGUCCCGUGGGCCGGCCGCGAUGAGCAACUUUGGUGGUCCCAUGGGCAGCUUCGGAGGUGCUCGUCCAAGUCUGCCCCCCGGUACGACUUCUGAGCAGCGAUUUGCGGCUUCCAAUGCGGCUCUUAGAAGUGGAGCAAUGGCCAGCAAUCCGUUCGCUCAGUUUGGUCGACCUGGCCAGAUGGCCCCUGCCAUGGGUCGCACUCCCUCCAGCGGUCCGCUUGGCCCCAUUCCGGGUUCUCCUCGCGUUGGUGGAGCCAGUCGAGGUGGCUCUCGUGCCGAGAGCAAGCGUGGUAAGCAAAAUGCUAAGCAUGCCCAGGAAGAAAACAAGUCAAUGCCUUUGACCGCAGGCAUGAGCAUCACUGCUCUGGAAACAUCUUCAACCGGAUGGAAACCGCGCAGUAUCGGUCAAGGUGCUGCAGGCGCCGGCCCAGCUCCUGGUGGCGAUGGCUUGAUGGAGCCCGAUGUGGUGCAGCGCAAGGUCAAGGCAGCACUCAACAAGAUGACUCCCGAGAAAUUCGACAGGAUUGCCGAUCAAAUCUUGGAUAUUGCUGCACAAUCUAAGCAUGAGACGGAUGGUCGUACCCUACGUCAAGUCAUCCAGCUCACUUUCGAAAAAGCAACCGAUGAAGCUCACUGGGCGCCAAUGUACGCUGCUUUCUGUCGUAGAAUGUUGGAAAGCAUGAGUCCAGACAUUAGAGAUGAGGGCAUCAAGGAUAAGCUUGGCAAUGUGGUUACAGGCGGCAAUCUUUUCCGAAAAUAUCUUCUCAAUCGGUGUCAAGAGGAAUUCGAACGAGGAUGGAAGAUCAACUUACCUAGCGCAAAAGAGGGCGAGAACCAGGAAGCCGUCAUGCUGUCCGAUGAAUACUACAUCGCCGCAGCUGCCAAGAGACGGGGUCUUGGUCUAGUCAAGUUCAUUGGUGAAUUGUUCAAGCUCCAGAUGUUGACCGAGCGCAUUAUGCACGAAUGCGUGAAGAAACUGGUCGACUACGAAGGCACCCCUGAGGAGGCUGAGAUUGAAAGUCUGACGAGUCUGCUGCGAACGGUCGGAAAGCAGCUCGAUGAUCCAGAAAGCAAGGGCAAGGGUCGAAUGGAUGUCUACUUCGACCGCAUCAACCACAUGAUUGCCAUACCAGAUCUACCCAGUCGUCUUCGGUUCAUGCUCAUGGAUGUGGUCGAUCUCCGAUCCAAGGGUUGGGUGUCGAAAGAGGACGACAAAGGUCCUAAGACCAUUACCGAGAUCCACGAAGAGGCUGAACGAAAGGCCCGAGAAGCUGAACUUCAGAGACUUGCUCAGCAAGGUGGACGUGGUGGUGGAGGUAGACUUGCCAUGGGUCGUGGCGAUGUCCGAAGCUUCAGUGGCUACGGAGGACAGAUGCCACCUCCCGACACGUCGAAUCGCGUUGGCACCGACGACCUCCGGAGACUUGGUAACCGCAAUGCCCGCAAUCCCAGCAACACUGGUGCUGGCACACUUGGACCGCCCAGCCUGCUGGGCGGACGUACCAACAGCGGCCGACGCGGUCUUGGACCUGGAGGCUUGUUGGCCCGUGGAGACGAUAGUGCUAACAGUAGCCGUACUGGCACACCUCCGGCCGGUAAAGAGAAGAAGGAUGAGUCGAGCACAAAUGCUUUCAGUGCGCUUGCAGGUCUUGAGAACGAGGCACCAGGCUCACCGCCGUCAAACCCUGCCUCUCCCCCCACACAAAAAGCACAGCCGAAUGUCGAUGGAGAACGACCAAGAUCACCGGGCAAACCGGAGUAAAUCCUUUAGGAUGAUCCAUGUGUAUAACAGAAUACCAUUCGAACACUAAUACUUGACUGACGGCCGCUUGUGGGGAGGUUGAGCAGAUGUGCAUUGAUACCCGGCGUGAGCCACCAUGUUUUAGCAUUUACAGCACAGCGGAUUGGUUGGGCUCUUGAACAAAAUUUCCUUACCAUUGAGAAUACUUCAAUGAGAGACCAUCGACUGCACUCGAAAGCGAUAGAGAGAAUGUGUUUUAGUCAGCAAAUACAUUGCGCCUUCAUCUACUGGCUGGGUGGAGUUACUUUUUUUUCGGCGUUGUGUCUUAGUAGUACACAAAAGUGAAGGGAGCGGAUUCGAUGGGAGAAAGAACCUGAUUAUGGCUCGCCAUGUUUUCCAUGAUUAUUUAGGUCUUUUGAAGUCCCAUUCCAAGGCUUGUCGGGGUUAAUUCAGAGCGCGAGAGAAGAGAGAGAGGGAGACGACCACCGGAGAGGAGCGCGAUAGAGAGGUUGGGUGGUGUGAGAGCCACAGCCACGCUACAGGGUCGAGCAAGCAAUCUUGGUGAGGGCGACGAUUCUUUAGUACUGUACAUUGUCAGAAUUUCAAAGACUUUCUUCUUUAA